AUGAGUACCUUCCUACAGAUCAAUCUCAACUGCUGCAAGGCAGCUCAAGCGCUGGCGUUACAGCAGGCUGCAGAGUCCAACGUCGAUCUCCUCAUCGUCAGCGAGCCCUGCCCAACGAAGGUCGACGCAUGGUACUACGACGCUCACGGUAAAGCGGCUAUAGCAUGCCUCCGUGGUCUCCCAGUGGACAUAGUCGGCCCUACUGAACCAGGGUUCACGUGGAUCCAGGCUGGUACCCUCCGCAUCUAUUCUUGUUAUUGGUCCCCCAGGUCUGACCCCAACCUCGCCCAAUACUCUGCGUUUCUCAGCAACCUCGAGCACAGCAUUAGAAGUCACAGCGGAGACUCUCUUAUUUGUGGAGACCUCAACGCGCACCAUUCCGCCUGGGGCAGCUGCUCCAAUAACAAGAAAGGUGAUGCACUGAUGGACCUCAUCCAGUCCCUAGGCCUCAUUAUAUGCAACACUGGCACGACCCCCACUUUCCAGAGGGCGUCUGGCUCCUCGGUGAUCGACAUCACUCUGGCCUCCCCCCGUGUGGCUUCCAGAAUAUCUAAUUGGUCUGUCUUAGACACGGUGACCUUAAGCGAUCACAGCUACAUCCAGUUCACUCUCUUGUCCGCGCCCAUUAAGCCAGUCAACGCGACAUACUCUCGGAGACUCCACGCACCCGCUCUGGCGUCCUUUCUCUCGACCGGUCAACUACUACACUUCAGCAACAGUACUGACGUGGAUGAAAUGGCUAUCAAUCUGAACUCGGCGCUCUACGCCGUUUGUGGCCUACCCUUGGCAGACAAUAAAGGUAAAAGGAGGAGCGUACACUGGUGGUCCCCGAGCCUAAGCGCGUUGCGCAAGACCGCAAACCAUCUGCGUCGUGUUUUCCAGCGCAAGCGCCGACGCCUUGGUGCUGCCGCCUGCACUGAUGAAGAGCUUGCUGCAAAAUCCGCGAAACUGGCCCUCGUUAAAGCAAUCAGAAACGCCAAAGAUCAAGCCUGGAGACAACUAUGUGACGACGUCGAACGGGACCCAUGGGGAAAGCCCUACAAGAUUGUAAUGGGAAGAAUGAAUGAAACCAAUAAACCAGAACAACAUUUUAUUGGAUUUGAUAUUGAUGACGAUGUAUUGAUAAUUAUUGAAAAUAAAAAAAAAUCGGUAAAAAUGGAACUAAGUAAAGAAACAGGAGAACAUAUGGAUGUAGAAAAGCCAUCCAUUCUUAAUACUAACCAUGUUAAUAAAAAGAAACAGUCUAAAUCAAGUAUUUCAUCACCUGAACCUAAUGAUGUCAAGAACAAUCAGAGUAAUAAGAGGCAUAAGAAAGACAAUUUACGCAGUGAUGCCUUAGAAUCUUUGGAAUUACAAGUUCCUCCUACCUUAGAACUUACUACUCCAACACUCAACCUUACCUCUUCUAAAACUAGAACACAACGUAGUACUGGUAGAAAAUUGAAUGUUGAUAUCAGUGAUGCUAUUUAUAAACUUCCAUUUGAGCAUGGUUGGAAACGAGAAUUAGUAUACAGAACAUCAGGUGAAUCUACUAUUCUCAAUCGCACAAAUAGAACUGGUGAUGUAUACUAUUAUUCUCCAACUAACCAAAAACUUAGAUCGUUACGAGAAAUUCAGGAACAAUUGGACAUCUUAUCUGAUGAAGGUCUAACGAUAGAAUGUUUCACAUUUUUAAAACAACCAAUUGGCAUGAAUGAUCGAUCUAAAGAACUUAUCAGAGAUGCAAAAUCUAAAUUAUCUAAAGAAGAUUCUUUUGUUGGUUUUGCUGUUAGACCUAAAAAAUCUAAGACACCUGUACAGCGGCUUCCAUUUGAUUAUGAAUUGUCGGAUGAUGGAAACAACAAGUCUUCAAGUAAAAUGAAAAUUGUUAUUAAAAAUGCUAAGAGCUCCUCUAGAUUGAGAUCUGCAAAAGGUAUUUCAGAAUCAAUAAAUUUAUCAUCAGCUACACCUGAAUACAUAUCUGAAGACUGCCAAGCUAUUCAAUCUAGUGCAUCACUAAAAGUUUCUUCUACAAAACUUGAGGAAUUUGAUAUAAAUAACACAAUAAUUAAAAGACGGUUGUUAACAUCAGAUGGUGAAGUCAUUAUGCAGACACCUUGUGGGAUAUGGUGCCCGAAUAACGAUGAACCUGCCACCUGUCUGGUCUACUAUCUUCCAACAUGUGUCAAAUUAAAUGCUAAUUUAAAAAUUGUUAGUUGUGUAUGUAUAGAAGAUUCUUUUGUUGGUUUUGCUGUUAGACCUAAAAAAUCUAAGACACCUGUACAGCGGCUUCCAUUUGAUUAUGAAUUGUCGGAUGAUGGAAACAACAAGUCUUCAAGUAAAAUGAAAAUUGUUAUUAAAAAUGCUAAGAGCUCCUCUAGAUUGAGAUCUGCAAAAGGUAUUUCAGAAUCAAUAAAUUUAUCAUCAGCUACACCUGAAUACAUAUCUGAAGACUGCCAAGCUAUUCAAUCUAGUGCAUCACUAAAAGUUUCUUCUACAAAACUUGAGGAAUUUGAUAUAAAUAACACAAUAAUUAAAAGACGGUUGUUAACAUCAGAUGGUGAAGUCAUUAUGCAGACACCUUGUGGGAUAUGGUGCCCGAAUAACGAUGAACCUGCCACCUGUCUGGUCUACUAUCUUCCAACAUGUGUCAAAUUAAAUGCUAAUUUAAAAAUUGUUAGUUGUAUACAUCAAGUAGAUAAAACACCUAUUUCUAAAACUUAAGAAACGCAUUAUGAAAUUGAUGAAUAUAGUGAUAAUAGCGACUCUGAUAUAAUUAAUAAAGUUAUUUGUCAAGGAAAUAAAUUAUAUUUGUCAACGGUUGUUGGUAGUUUUCAUGAACAGUUUGUUCAUGAAAUGAAACAAACAAGAGGACCCAGUUUGAUGACCUGUGUUAUUCAAGAACCUAAAAAUCUGAACGAGAAUUCUGAAAUGAAUGGUUCUUUACGAGAAAUUGUAACACCUUUUGCAUCCAUGCAAUCAUUUAAUUACAUGGUUAAAGCAUUGAGAUAUGUUUUCAAAUAUUUGAAAACGCAUGAGCUGUUAUCAGCUUCUAGAGUAUGUACCACCUGGCAUAUAAUUGCAAUGAAUAAAUACUUAUGGCAGAAUGUUCGUUUAAAAAAUUCUAUGGUCUAUGACUGGGAAAGGUUUGUAGACUCAAUUGAUCAACAAAAAACUGAUACAUUAGACACUAGACGUAUGCUGUUACCCUCUAAAGUUGAAGACUUCGAAAGUUUUUGGUUACAAUUUGCAAAUGCAAUGAAAAGAGCACAAAUGUUGAAAUUCAUUGAAUUGUAUAGAUGUCCUGUCCUUGUAGUUGAAGAUAUUAUUAAUUCAUUACCUCAAAUUGAAGUACUUAAAGCUACUUCAAUAAUAAAUCCAAAUUUGAUGAAACCGACAAAAAAUCUCAAUGAUUUAAUGUACCUAAACUUGAAUUAUUUGGGACAAAUGACAAAGCUCACAGAGUUAAGACUAAAAGGUUUAACUGGAAUAAAAUUGACGGCAUUGCCAUCAUUUGAAAAUUUAAUAAAUUUGAAUAGAUUUUCAUUAACCUCUAUUAAAGCAUUUCCAAAAGAGAUCUAUCAGAGUUUGAAUACUAUUACUGAUAAUAUUGAGUUUUUUGAAAUUGGUGAUUGCGUAUGCUUAACAAAAGAUUUUGCCGUGUCACUAAAAAGAUUUGUCAAUUUGAAAACAUUGAGAUUAGAAAAUUGCCGUGAUGGAUGGGAGGAUCAAUCUGCACAGGAUGUUUUUACUGUCAUCAAAGGUCUUGAAAAGCUCAAUGUUCUGGAAUUGGUAAACAUAGAAUUCAGGAAUUGUGUCGUAGAUGAAUUGGAAAAAUGUUAUGGUAUUAAAGCUUUACUGAUUAUUCCUGCUUAUGAGAGCCAAUCCACAAUUACUCACUGCCACUUGAUUGACUGUCUCAAAAAUCUCUCCAAGACAUUAACACACUUGGUUUGGGGAGUGACUCAUGAGUUACUCCAAAUUACAGACUUAUUUAUUACUGAAUAUCGAGAGAACCAGCAUACUAAUGAUUAUAAUUUAGAUUUAUCCCAUGCCGAAGAAACGACCAACAAUAUACCUAUACUCAGAACAAUAAAGCACCAACAGCAGCCAGGAGAUGAGGCUACUCCUGAAAAAGAAAAGGACAAGUCAGUUACUAUAGUUGAUAUAUAUUCAGUUCCUGCUCUAGAGAAAUUGUUAGAUACUAUGAUGUCUGAUGCUAAGACUAAGGUAAUUAAAGUUCCCUUGUCUAGAGCAGGUACAGUUUAUUUGAGUGAACAGUUUAAUGAUCUUUAAAUUAAAUGUAUAGUAUUCAUUUGUU